CCACUGGUGGGCCACGGUUCUGCUCGUUUUGCUUUCUGGUGACGCUACGGAACUGUAAAGCUCGGCGGCUAUCUUGCAUUUUCCGAUAAGAACGACACAUUUAGCCAGUUGACAUAUGAAUGAUGUCAUUUUUUGUCAUCGGUAAAUUUGUGUGACACGAUACUGUCUUGUCAGGUAAGUGUCCUCUAGUUUUUGGUCGGCUAUACAGGCAGUACGACUAGUUGAUUCCAACUUGUUCCGUUUGACAGUCACGGUUAGCCUUGACCCACCGAAGCUAGAAACCCAUCUCGGCCACUUUCUAGCAUGGGUUUAUUUGAGUGCUGCAGUAUUUUCAAGCGAAUGAGACGUCAGUGUGGACGUGUAUGUAAUUAAACUCGUAAGCGACAUUGAUCGAUACGAAUUUGAAGCAUCGUGGUUUGAUUUAGAGCUGCCAUGGUGUUGCUUGGUGGGAGGCUAGCAAGCUAAAAGGCUAACUGCGAGGGGUGUUGUUCUGUCAGGAACAUUACUAGCGUUUUAGUCUUUCACCUUGUUCUGUCUGCUUUACUUAAUGGGACUUAUUUGAAUCGAAUUCGUUUGAUUACUCUAACAUUGGAUUUCACUGUAGCUUUUUACCUAAUUGUUCUAAAUUGAAUAAAACUGAUUCGGAUUAUAUUUUAAAAGGACCUGUUUUUUUAUUUUUUUUUUUUUUUUAACCCUUAGCUUUCCAAAGUUUGUGAGACCUGGACAACCUCUGGAUCUAAACCUUGUGAUGCUUAUGAUGUUCAAUGACUUUAUCACAUCACCUGACCCCUCUUGGUCUUCUAACACAGUUAGUUGUUUUUGAAUUUAUUCUCAAAUCCAUGCUUGGAAUCGCUAUGGUUAUCCGCGGCGAUCCAACCUUGCCCUUUGGGACGAGAACCCCCCAUUGCCGAGCUCUUCAAAUGAUAUGAUAGUAGCUGCCUGGAUCGCUUACUGUGCCUGCAGGAGGCUUGUGCGGGUUGUGCUUUUGCUUUCCUUUCCUUCCCUGCGGGAGACCCUAGCCGGUUCCGGAAACAUGGGUAACAGCUGUGUGUGCCGGGAUGACAGCGACACAGAGGACCACCACCACAGAACGUCGAGAGCAUCCAGAGGACAGGCCAGACAGCCGGACCACGGUACGGGCACGACUGUAGACGCGCGAGAGUCUCGUAGCGGUCGCCCGAGGGACCCGGUUCGACCACCGCGGAGAGGACGCGGCCCUCAUGAGCCACGACGAAAGAAGCAGAAUGUGGAUGGCCUUGUGCUGGACACAUUGGCUGUCAUCAGGACGCUUGUUGACAAUGAUCAAGAACCACCUUACUCAAUGAUCACUUUACACGAGAUGGCUGAGACAGAUGAUGGCUGGCUGGAAGUUGUCCAGUCUUUGAUUCGAGUGAUACCAUUAGAUGACCCGCUUGGCCCUGCAGUAAUCACCCUACUGUUGGAUGAAUGUCCCCUGCCCACUAAGGAUGCUCUACAGAAACUGUCGGACAUGCUGAGUCUGAAUGCGACUGUGGCCCAAAAGGAUGCUCUGAGUCCAUCCAAACACAGGAACACCACUGCUGUCCUCGGAUGUCUGGCUGAGAAACUGGCUGGACCAGCCAGUAUUGGACUGUUGAGCCCCGGAACUCUCGAAUACCUUCUUGAAAGCAUGAGCUCUGAAGCGCACCCCACUGUCAUGCUGUUUGCACUGAUUGCCUUGGAAAAGUUUUCUCAGACCAGUGAAAACAAGCUUACAGUAUCAGCAUCUAGUAUAAGUCAGAGACUGGCUGUGCUGGAGUCGUGGGCAGAGCAAGCUGACUACCUAAAGAGACAGGUCGGAUUUUGCUCACAGUGGAGCUUGGACAACCUGUUCCUGAAAGAAGGGCGCCAGUUUACCUACGAGAAAGUCAACCUCACCCAUAUCAACGCCAUGCUCAACAGCAACGACGUCAGCGAGUACCUCAAGAUCUCCCCCAGCGGAUUAGAGGCCCGGUGUGAUGCCUCCUCGUUUGAGAGUGUGCGUUGUACGUUCUGCGUGGAUUCAGGCGUGUGGUACUAUGAAGUCAUAGUCAUCACGUCAGGCGUGAUGCAGAUCGGAUGGGCCACCAAGGACAGCAAGUUCCUCAACCAUGAGGGUUACGGGAUUGGUGAUGACGAAUACUCGUGUGCAUAUGAUGGCUGCAGGCAGCUCAUCUGGUACAAUGCUCGCAGUAAACCUCAUGCUCACCCCUGCUGGAAGGAAGGAGAUGCAGUCGGAUUCCUGCUGGACCUCAGCAAAAAGCAGAUGAUCUUCUAUCUAAAUGGACAUCAGCUGCCGCCAGAGAAACAGGUCUUCUCCUCAGCCACGUCCGGCUUCUUUGCGGCAGCCAGUUUCAUGUCAUACCAGCAGUGUGAGUUUAACUUCGGUGCAAAGCCUUUCCGCCACCCGCCUUCAGUCAAGUUCAGCACCUUUAAUGACUUUGCAUCACUAUUACCCAGUGAAAAGAUCAUCCUACCGAGACAUCGGCGUCUGGCUUUACUGAAACAAGUAAGCAUCCGUGACAACUGCUGCACGUUGUGCUGUGAUAUUAUGGCAGACACAGAACUGCGACCUUGUGGACAUGGGGGUAUGUGUAUGGAUUGUGCCUUACAGUUAGAAACGUGUCCCCUGUGUCGCCAAGACAUCCAAACUCGCGUCAGACUCAUUGCACACGUCUCCUGACACAACUCCUGUGAGGAGAGACGGACAAGAUCUAGUGCCACCUCCCCCUCUCAGCCCCUCUUGCCGAUCCAGCACAGAGGACGGCACGUCAGCAAUCCUACCAGUGCUGUGCGUUCAGGUCAGAGGAGGCCUUGGUGGAGGGGUAAUGAUUGGAAGGAGAGGAGAUGAGCCAAUCAGAAGUCAAUCACAGCGGAAUUCCCGUGAGCUUUCACACAUAUAGCUACACUUCCUUCCUCUCGUGUUCCUUUGAGCAGAAGCGAGACAAGAAUCCUCCUGACCUGCACAUACUCGAAGCGAGGGAGGCAAAGCAAUUUGAUUACAACAAACAUCUUGUUUGCAAAACCCAGUUCGCAGACCUCUGAACACAAAGAUUCCACCUCUUUAGAGGCCACCUUGUUGGGAUCUCAAAGAGCAGGGUAGUAGUAAUCAAUGCUGUUGUAAGUACAGUGUUAACCCUAAGGUACAGACAAAUGUGAGAUAGGUUUCACUUAUCACUGGGUGUAAAUCUGCAAUUUAUUGUGUUCUCAAGGUAGCAUUGUUCUUGUCUUUGCUCCAUGUUGUACCAUAAUCCUUCAUUUCGUGUCAAUUCCUGUGUUGAUCCAAUACAAAUUUGGUCACUGUCUGAAAACCAAUUUGGUUUACAAAUAAAAAUGUUUAAUAUUCAGUCUUACCAGAGAAAUUAUUGAAGCAUCUGCCAAUAAGCAAACUUCAAUCAGGUACUGUAAUGAUUUUGAACCAUUUCUGCUUGCUAGUGCUUUAUUUAAAGUCUUCCUGUCCUUUGCGUGCAGUGUUGUAUGUAAGGACUACAACAACAAAAAAAGACUAAUAACCCAUUUGUUCCCAAAAACAAAUCACUCACAGCCAUUGACGGUGACAGAUGUCAAGCCACUUUGACUGGAGGCCCUGCAGUGAUCAUUCACCCAAUCAAAAUGGCUUGGACAUCCAUCGCCGUCAAUGGCAGUCAAUUGAAACAAUGGUAAGAAGGUUGGUGGAUGGAUGGUGUUAUAUUAGUUAAGUGGUUUCAUUUGUCAAGAAGUUGUGGCAUCUGUUUACCUAUAUUUAUUUUUAAGCAUUUUGCUACAAAUCACAGCACUCUUAUUCAAAGUCUGCUUGUUUACGAAACUUCCCCAAAUCUGCUGUAUCAUCCUACAAACAUUCAAGACAGUUUCAGACUUACCUUUUGGAUAUGAUUUUUGACCCAGUUACUGCCCACCUUUACUUGAAGGGUCUCUGGCUUGACUUGGUUUUCCAAGAUAAUUCUAUUUGUGAGGCAAUGACGUGCGUUCAAUUGUUUAAGAAAGCAACGCAGAAUGUACCCACCAUAUGCAUGAACUAGGUCUGCAAAUUUAAGUAAACUAGGAGGAUUUCUGGAGAUGACUUGAAUUGCUCAAUGAGACAAGUGUCUACUUAUUUUUUGGCUGAUUUGGAGCACCUUAAAAGAGAAGCUGAGAGAAAAGUAAUGAAUUGUGUGGUUGAAGACAAGGUUCAGGGGAAAAAAAUUGUGAAAUAAUGUUAAAUGAAAACUUACUGAGGAAUUUCCCCCCAGAUUUCCCAAAGAUGUGAUUUAUCAACACAUUGUUGUAUCCUGGAUUGUGUUAUUUGGAAUAAAUGUAUGUUCAUGUGACAAUGAGGUAUUUUAGAUCAUUUGUUACUCUGAAUUAGAUGUAAAUAUAACAUUCUGUUUAUAUUCUUGAAAACAUGAAUCAAAAGUAUUUAAGAACGAAAAUUGCGAAGUUCCUAGACCUUUGAUAAUGGAGAAAAUGUUUACAAAAAUGAUGUGGGCGGAGUCAUUUUGUGAUGUCAGUUAUACCCAUGUUGACCCGAGCACAGGUGCAAGUGAUAAUGGCUAUUAAUUACCUAAGGAAGAAGGUUGGGGAAACUCAUUUGAUUGUCUAGAAUUCUACUGGCAUUGAUAAAUGUC